UCAUGAGUCGCUUUGACAGGGAGAGAGAGAGAGCGAGAGAGGGGAUGCCAGAGAAGGCCAUGGACGACGUUAUGGAGGCGGCGUCGGGGCCACACUUCAGCGGCCUUCGCCUUGAUUCUCUCCGCUUGUCUACUUCCUCUGCCCCGUCGUCGCCAUCCUCCGCGAAGGCCUCUGUCGCCGGACCGAUUGCCGACGAUUCCUUGCCCGAAGAACCUAAGCAGCCCUUUGUUAUAGGGGUUUCGGGCGGUUCGGCUUCCGGGAAAACUACUGUAUGCGACAUGAUCAUCCAGCGGCUUCAUGACCAGCGGGUUGUUCUUGUCUAUCAGGAUUCAUUUUACAGAGGUUUGACUGCAGAGGAAGCUGAACGUGCCAAUGACUAUAACUUUGAUCAUCCUGAUGCCUUUGACACUGACCAACUCAUUGAGUGCUUGACCAAGCUGAAAAGUGGACAAUCUGUCAAUAUUCCCAUAUAUGAUUUCAAGAACCAUCGCCGUUGCUGUGAAAGUUUCCGAAAGGUGAAUGCAUCAGAUGUUAUUAUUUUGGAGGGGAUUCUUGUUUUCCAUGAUCCACAUGUUCGAAACCUAAUGGACAUGAAGAUAUUUGUUGAUACCGAUGCUGAUGUUAGGCUUGCUAGAAGAAUUAGAAGAGAUACAGUUGAGAGAGGUCGGGAUGUUAACUCAGUUCUCGAACAGUAUGGAAAAUUUGUCAAGCCUGCUUUUGAUGAUUUUGUUUUGCCUUCAAAGAAAUAUGCUGAUGUAAUCAUUCCUAGAGGAGGUGACAACCAUGUUGCGAUUGAUUUAAUUGUUCAACAUAUUCAGACAAAACUUGGCCAACAUGACUUGUGUAAAAUCUACCCUAAUGUAUUUGUUAUUCAAUCUACAUUUCAGAUAAGAGGAAUGCACACCCUUGUUCGUGACAGGGAUAUUACAACACCUGACUUUGUCUUUUAUUCUGAUCGACUUAUUCGGCUGGUGGUAGAGCAUGGCCUUGGUCAUUUGCCUUUUACCGAGAAACAGGUGGUCACUCCAACAGGAUCAGUCUAUACAGGAGUUGACUUCUGCAAGAAACUUUGUGGAGUGUCUAUUAUACGAAGUGGUGAAAGCAUGGAGAAUGCCUUGCGAGCUUGUUGUAAAGGAAUAAAAAUUGGGAAGAUCCUUAUUCAUCGUGAUGGUGAUAAUGGAAAGCAGCUUAUUUAUCAGAAGUUGCCCAAUGACAUAUCUGAACGCCAUGUUUUACUACUUGAUCCUGUCCUUGGUACAGGAAACUCUGCAAACCAAGCAAUAGAACUACUCAUCCAGAAGGGAGUACCAGAGGACCGCAUUAUUUUCCUCAACUUGAUAUCGGCACCCGAAGGAAUCCAUUGUGUUUGUAAGCGAUUUCCUUCCCUCAAGAUAGUCACUUCAGAGAUAGAUGCUGGACUGAAUGAGGAGUUCAGAGUAAUUCCUGGCUUGGGAGAGUAUGGUGAUCGAUACUUUGGAACUGAUGUUUGAUGCUUUGAUCACCACUGGACUCGUUUGGGGCAGCUUUCUUACUGCUUCUUCGUAAAACAGUUUUGUAGUACAGAAAUUUUUUGUACUAAAAAGUUAUUUUAGAAAGCAAUGAGAAAGCCGUCUCAAACGGUAUCAGCAGCUUUUGCUUCGGAAGGAAUUCAAGCAAAGUGGGAUGUUCAUUUUUCAUAGUAAGACAUGCUUUUGGACUGCCAUAUACAGGUUAGUGUGCUGUAAUAUUUAAUGUUCUAAUGUAUCAUUCCUGAUUGCAACUUGAUCAAAUUUGAUCAGAAUGAGUAGUCAAAUUUGAAUCAGAAUAUUGUGAAGAACUUGAGCUGCAUUGCUUGCAGCUUGAAUAAUUUAUUUUAAAAUGAGAGUAAUAUAAUUAUUUAUAUAUUU